AAAUUUGGCAAUCCGUGGCAGAUUCGUGCCUGUUUAAUAGGGAAAACAAACAAUAAGAAAUGCUAUCGAAACAAAAUUAGGAAUCUCUUUACUUUUUUCAUAUACUAAAUUUGUAUUCACUUCUCUUUCAGUGCAAAUUUAAAGUCAGCCCAUGUCCCAUAUGCUGUUCAAGGUUGAAAGAAUAUACGAUUACCUUAAACGCAACGUAGCGUAGUAUUAAUACUGGGCAGCCGUUAUCGCAUCGUGGAGAAGUGAUUGACAUAAUUACCGAGCAACAAUGAAUGUCACUCAUGAAGUAAAUUUACUGGUGGAGGAGAUUCAACGACUUGGCAGCAAAAAUGCUGAGGGUCAAACAAGCGUAAAAUUUGGAGUGCUGUUCAACGACGACCGCUGUGCCAACAUCUUCGAGGCCUUGGUGGGCACCCUGAGGGCCGCCAAGAGGAAGAAAAUUGUCGCCUUCGACGGCGAGUUGCUUCUGCAGGGCGUCCACGAUAAUGUCGACAUCAUCCUUCUCCAGAAAUAAGGUCGCUCUUGCCCACAGCAACUGCAGCAUGCACAAAGCUCACUGUUUGAAUUCACAUUCCGAGACCACACAAAUUGGAAACGACAGCAAACUGCGAUGGCAUCAUUUUUAUUCACUUUAAGUUAGUUUCAUUUCAGUGUGCCAAACAAAACCAAAACCCGUGUUUGACAACAGAUUUGUUUCAAGGGCUAAUUAACAGCCGCAAAUAGUAAAGAUAUUUUUCAUGACCUGCGGUUCCUCAAACAAAGCACAGUUUUAGAUUACAGUCUCGCGAGUAAUUAGUUGUAUGUGGCUCUUUGAAAUUUUGGGCUGAAUUGUAAUGACAAAAGUAACACAGAUUCACAAAAGACCCAUCUGGUAUAUUCUGCAAAAAAAUGUAAGAAAUUAGGAAGCAUAAGUGAAAGAUUUAAAAAGUUGGAAUACAACAGUAUUGACGUAAUUGGGUCGAGGAUUAUGUUUGCUCACAGAUUUGAUUGUAAGAAAGGCUUUUUGCUUAACUGCUGUCAAGACUGGUAACGCUUUUCCCGCUGAAGCUUGUGCAUAUUUUUUAAAACAAAAUGCUCAGGGUGAAUUCCAGCAAUAUACUGUUUUGGGAAAACAGUCUUUCAGCAACUUUUAUUGCAUGCCAUGCUAACUUUAGUAAUUAGAGCACACUGUACUUGACAAAUUGAUCCUAGUGAGCACGUUUUAAAGGUGCAGAAGGUUAGAUUCAGCACCCCGUGUGCAUAUCAACAAUUGAAUAUCUGGAUUAUGCACACAAAACAUACUUAUAUGUUGGCUAGUGAUGGUUUCAUGCAUUCCACGAGUCCAUUAUGCUACCUCUCAACUUUUGCAUGGACAGAUGAUAAAUUCUAGACCAGAAAGUUCUGGAGACAAGUGUAUUUCUAUACGACAUUUGUACAGAGUCUUUGUUUUCCUUGCCAAGCAAACUCCCCCUAAAAGCUGUCCAUAUAAUGGACAAAGUGUUUACAUUGGACAUGCGUCUGUAGUGCAAUUCUGUAAGCAUAUACUUGCUACAGGGUACCAACCAAAAAUAUCAGUUUGUACUUUUUCCUCAGGACCAAAUCAACAACCAAAUGUGCUCGAUAAAAUAACGAAUGAACAAGUCAUAGUUUUUGCCAAUUUACCACUGUUUGUUUUGUAUUGUGGGGGCCAAUGACACUUGCAGAUCAGGCACGAUCAUAUCAAUCCAUCCAUUCAUUUUCUGAAACACUUUUAUCCUCACGAGAGAAAUGACUAUUGGUGUCAAAGUAAACGAUCAACUGCUUGUUUUUGAUCAUGCCGGUUGUGCUAAAUCACAAGACGUCGACCUGUGUGCAUUUAAAAAAAAAUAUAUGGAAGAUGCAAACAGUCAGAAGCCUGGGCUGCAAGUUCAAUGUGUUCCAUUCACAACUACUGCUCUCACGUCAACUGGGUGGAUCUAUUGUUUCAGGUGCUCAAUUGUAUUGUUAUUUUUUUUUCAAACAACAUGCCUUUUGAAUGGUAUUCAAACAGCAUCAGCCUCAGAGCAGAUAUUGUCACUUGAAAUGAAUUAGAACUUCAGUAAAAAUGGACUGUACUGUAAAACCUUGAUAAUAGCACUGCGUAAAGACAAAAAAAAGGUCAUUCGAGUUAGGUCUAGACACACUGGUCAAUCAAAGCGUAAAUGACGUGAACAUAUACCUGUAUAGUAGCAAGAAAGGGUGAGAGUACUCACAGAACAGCAUCAAUACCUCAAGCUGUUUAUACUAUGGUGAUCCAUGCCUGUGAGUUAAUAUAUAACUCCUGUAUAGUGUGUUGAUCUUUUCGUCUUUUGUAUUGGCAAUAACCUGUCUACAUUGCAGUAAAUAAAACAUUUUCACGUCAUUCUGCUU